UCAUGAGUUUUUGUUCUUAUAUAUUUCAAUUAAUCAGCUUCAAGAAUUUUUACCUGCACUCAUCUUGUUAUCAUUAUGAUGCCAGUACUCAAUCGUGUUGCCCUUCCAUUGAAGACUGUAUCAAAACCUAUAGCUUCUGGGUUGAACCCCAAGUUUCAUUGAUCCAUCACAGGAAUGGCUCAGAGAAACGAAGGCGAAAAGAAUAUGGUCAAAGGUGGUCGUCUUGAGGAGGAGGGACAUUCAGGGCUAGCCAAGUGCAUUCUUAUAAUGAUAGGUCUUGCAAUAUUCAAUCAACAUAAAACAAGUCAGGCACAUCAUCAGAGAAAGAUGGCAUUUUUGGAAGGAUACAAGGCGGUAAAGCAAGAUUUCUAUAUUUCAUUAGGAAGUGUGAUAAAUACUUGGACACCCACUUAUUAUUGUUUGUUAAGGCAUUGCAACAAUAGAGUGCUCGACGAAAGCAACUCCCAGGGUUGUUUACUGAUGGGAGCGUCUCUAAAUAAUGACGCGCAAUUCCUUAAAUCUCUUAACAUUAGGAGUUUGGUUAACAUUGAUACUAUUGUACGUUGGAUGCAUAUAUUUUAAUGUUUCAUUGAUUGAGCGCUUCACUUCUCGCU